AUGGGUGACCGCAGCACCCCGUUCAAGAAGAAGCCGAAAUCCCGCCGGGGUAUCCAAAUUGAUGGCGAAUGGCAUUGCGCUUGCGAUCCUCGCAAACCGGCGAUUGUUCAGGUUGUAACAAAAAACGGCUCAAACUACGGUCGUCGGUUCUACUCAUGCCUGAACGCCUACAAGCCGAACGAUUGCCGCUUUUUUUGGUGGAAAGACGAACCCAAACAGCCAGGUGGAAUUGUGGGAGAAAACGCCGGACACAAUACAACCCUAGGCCAGGGGAGCAGCAAUAAUCCUCCUCAGUACCCGAACAACAACAACAUGCCGAGCGAGGGAAGCGAUAUGCCGGCUCCUGUUGGCCCUCAGCCCGACGUGGGCCGUGGUUCGAGCACACCCCGAGCCACUAGAACCGGCACUGUCUUACACCCCCCCGACGGGCUCGGCGACAUCAACACAAACUUGGCUUCGAGCCGCGAUGGGACGCCUCCCGCCGAGUUCCAACCCACCCUCGGGGGCCACAUUCAUUCACCCACGAGUACCGUGUUCCCCGGUGCAACAACUCCUACCCGGACGCUUUUUCCCAACAACCGUCGGCAGGGCCUGCUAUCGGGUUUGGAUGGCGACGAUAGUGAUGCGUCGUCCAACGCUGACAAGCAACCAGCCGUGGGGGCGAUGCAUCCGCCGAAGCGUAAAUUAACCAGCGCCGGCGAUGGAUCGCCGGAGCAGAGAGCCGAGCAUAUUCACGCGGGCGGGCAAACAACAACUGAGCGGUCUGAAGCGUUUGAUUUCGAGCCGACCGGAGGACUCGGCCAAGCGACUAACGUUAUCGGGCGCUCGAACCAGCCCGAGAAGACCCCGGCCUCAGCAUUUACCACUCCGAGCAAGCACCGGCCCGGCCUCGGAUCCGGGACUGGCACGGGCUCGUUGGGUCCGUCGGCCGCCAAGCGCCAGAAAACGGCGCAGUCGGCAACUCACGGCACUACCCCGACUUCGGCGCGCUCCCGGAAAUCCCCCAUGUUUCCCCUGGCUGACAGCCCGGUGAAGGACUUGCCGAUGACAACCGAGAUCAUGACCUUGCUCGAAGGCGACAACAUCUCCCAACGCACAGAGAGGGCUGUGCGUUCGCAGCUUAACACAUUCGCGCGCCAAGCUGCUGGCAUUGAACUCGCCCGGAACCUGUUACGUGAGAAGAACCAGGCGAAGGACAUUAAGAUUGCCCGCCUGAAAGCACAGGUGGCAGAGUUCCGGGAUAUAGCUGUGCGCCAGCAGGCUGAGGAUGAAUCCCGUCAACAACAGCUGUAG